AUGCUGGGUGGGGUGUGCGUGCCGGCGGUGUUGACUCAGGCCAAUGUUCGUCGGAAAAAGGCGGGAACAAUUAGCGCAGGCCAAUUGGGCAACCGUGUUCGUACCAACACUUUCAUUGUCAUGAACUCGAUGAUGGGCUACCAAGCCAGCUUUCGAUUUGCAGCACUUGCCACAUUCCUCACACGUGAACCCAACGAGUCUCUCCUGUGUACUGGUCUUGGAGACAUUUUUGUGACUAUGAACAGAAUACCAAUCUUCAUGAGUGAGCAGAGGUUAUCUUUCACGUUGCAUAAAGUGCAUCCACUGAACUCCUUUCAAGCAAACUACGACCUUGAUGCUAUAAUCUAUGAGCCUUGCCGGGAUUGUACAUCAGGACAAGUAAAGGUUCAAAUGCUGUAUGACAGAGAAUUGACAGUGGCACAGAAUGCGAAACGCUUUUCGGGUCCACAUGAUAGACGUCAAAGCAGAUCAGUCAUUUUGAGCUUGUCCGAUCAGAACUUCAUUUACAGCGCUUUACGCAAUCACCAAAUGAAUGUGCCUGUGGAGGGCCAAAUGGGUUGGGGUAUCUGGAGCUACACUGAAAUCACUUUUGAAGUAUAUCACGGUGAGAAAUACAUGGGAUUCUGUCCCGCAGCACCAGCAAAUUAG